AUCAAAUCAAUAUUGCUCUCAUGAAAUUCCGAUGCAUAAACACAAAGACAUCCGAGAAUUUUCAACACACCAAUCAAAUAGUUGAUAUUUAAAGAUUCAUUCCAUUAAAAUAGUGCAUAGAACUGUUACAAUUUCAUUGCAUAUUAUUUUAUUGCUCGAUUAAUUAAUUCGGUGCGUAAAAUAAAAUCAGUAUUCAUGAGUUCGAGUUCAGGUAAUGCAUGCGGAAAUCAUGAGAAGCAUGAGAAGGUUAUAUUAUCUGGUGAAAAUGCAUUGGAUUUGGAUUUUUCGCCACUUGAGACCAUUUUGCAAUGGAAACGAAUGUUAGAAUGUGAUAUUUUUGUGGGUGCCAGACGAAGCAAGCAUACAACAGUUGCGUACAACGAUGCAAUUUAUGUAUUUGGUGGUGACAAUGGCAAAAGUAUGCUGAAUGACUUGAUUCGAUUUGAUGUGAAAGAUAAAAGCUGGGGCCGAGCAUUUGCAACAGGUAUACCUCCAGCACCGCGAUACCAUCACUCAGCCGUUGUUCAUGACAGUUCGAUGUUCAUAUUUGGUGGCUACACUGGAGAUAUUCACUCAAAUUCAAAUCUUACAAAUAAGAAUGAUUUGUUUCAGUACCAAUUUCAACGAGCCCAUUGGAGUGAAUGGAAAUUCACUGGCAAGACUCCCGUACCUAGAAGUGCUCACGGUGCUGCUGUUUAUGAUGAUAAACUAUGGAUCUAUGCGGGGUACGAUGGAAAUUGCCGUUUGAAUGACAUGUGGACUAUUUCUUUGGCGAAAGAUGAUUGCAAUCAAUGGGAAGAGAUUGAGCAAAAAGGUGAGAGACCACCAACAUGCUGUAACUUUCCAGUUGCGGUUGCACGUGACUGCAUGUAUGUAUUUUCUGGACAAAGUGGACUCCAGAUUACGAAUGCACUCUUUGAGUUCAAUUUCAAGACAAACACUUGGCGUCGCAUCACAAACGAUCACAUUUUACGAAGUGCUCCAAAGCCACCGUCUCGUCGAUACGGUCAUACGAUGGUCCAUCACGAUCGAUUUUUGUAUGUGUUUGGGGGCAGCGCUGAUAAUACGCUGCCAAAUGAUUUGCACUGCUAUGAUCUAGAUGCUAAAUUGUGGUCGGCAAUCAAGCCAGAGGAGGGCUCUGAUAUUCCACCUGGUCGUGUAUUCCAUUCUGUUUCGGUGAUUAAAGAUGCCAUGUACAUUUUCGGCGGUACAAUUGAUAAUAACGUGCGCAGUUCAGAUAUGUAUCGAUUCCAGUUUCCAACCUAUCCUCGUUGCACUCUAUAUGAUGAUUUUGGUAAAUUCCUUACGGAACGUCAAUUUUGUGACGUUCAAUUUUUAGUGGGUAUGGACGAAGUAAAGAUACCAGCUCACAUUGCCAUCGUUGCGGCUCGUUCCAAAGUUUUAAAGGACAAAAUUUUGGAUGCACGUGAAAAAAUGAAAGAACAUUUGGAAAAAUUAUUUGGAACCAGUGAUGUUCCAUUUUCGGAUCGGCCAAUGCUCGAAGUUAAAAUACCGGAUGCAUUACCAGAGGCUUUUGAAAAAGUCUUACACUACAUUUAUACGGAUCGAAUUGAUUUUUCGGAUCGAACCGAUAAUAAAGAAAUCGUAAGACUUAUGAUGGACAUUUUUCAGUUGGCGGUGCAAUACUUGAUCACGCGUCUGGAAAACGUUUCAAUUCAUUAUUUUGAGCUUAAAAUCUCCAAAGGCAAUGUAUUGGAUGCACUUUAUUAUGCGGAUAAGAUGAAUCUGAAAGUCAUUAAGGACCACUGCAUGAGUUUCAUUGUGAAAGAGGAUAAUUUUAAUAACAUUGUUAUGACGACUGACUUUGCGGCAUUAGAUAAACCGCUUAUGGUUGAAAUCGUACGCAAGCGAGUCUACCCCGGCCGAAUGAAUGAUAUUAGAAUCAGCAAAUUACUAGGAACCACAUUGGAAAUGGAUAUGGCCACGUUUUUGAAAGGAAGUGGCAAAGAAUUUUGCGACAUAAACUUGAUUCUUGACGGUCGCGUCAUUCCAGCACACAAAUCAAUUUUGGCAGCACGAUGCUCGUAUUUUCAGGCAAUGUUCAGAUCAUUCAUGCCCGCAGACAACACAGUAAAUAUUCGGAUUGGAGAUAUUUCACCGUCGCAAGAAGCAUUUAGUUCAUUGUUACGAUACAUUUACUAUGGAGAAACAAGAAUGCCACCUGAAGAUUCAUUAUAUCUAUUUCAAGCAUCUUGUUUCUAUGGAUUAACAAACAAUCGAUUGCAAGCAUACUGCAAACAUAAUCUCGAGCACAAUAUUCAUGUUCAAAAUGUGUUGCAAAUAUUGGAAGCAUCUGACAAGAUGAACAUUCCACGUAUCAAAAAGUUUGCAUUAGACAUGAUGGCCCAUGAUUUUCACCAGGUUUCACGGCUUCCCAAAAUAGAUGAUUUGAACAAACCCCUCCUGAUUGAAAUAAUCCAUGCGAUGGGCGAUUAUAUUGCUGAACUCAAAAUCAACAACGAUCUGACAUCGUCUAGCGUUCAUAGUGAUAUAUGAAAUUUACUCUUUAGCAAGUAUGCUGUGAAUGUACUGUAUGAAUGGCUUUCGAAAAGGCGACAUGAUGAUGGCGAUGAUGAAUAAGACGAGAUAUAAACGAUAAAUUUAUUCAAUGUUUUCAUACAAAAUCGUUCGAAUUGAAUUUGUUCGAACUGAAAGUUUGUAACAGAGAAUUUCUACCAGAGAUGGAUCAACGACAAAUCUGACAAAUGAUAACUCCUUAUCAAAUAAGCGAAACAGCUGAGAUUUCUACUUUUAUGAAUGUUUCAAUUUUAUCGUCUAUUUAAGAUAUUUUUAUAAAUGUUAUUAAAAAAAAUUCUCUAGAAAUAAUUAAUAAAAUAUAUGUUGUGCUAUG